AUGGCACAGAAGAACUAUCUCGAGUGCUCACCGCGCAGACGCCCUUUCGAGGAAAGCUCCGGCCAGCGCUACCCCGGUCAAGUUCCUACUGCCGAAGAACUCGAGCAGCCCGGUGUUCGCCGCCGUCACAUUUCAGCUUACAUCGCAUUCAUACGCCCGGAGAUCAGUCACAUCAUCUCCGAGUAUGGCAGAGCGGCUAUCAAAAGAGUGUGCCAGGAGCUUUACGCUACUGGUGUGCGAGCGACUCCGUCGCCUUGGUUUGGCCUGAUGUGUGAGCGCACCAUGUGGAGAUUGUGUUUUGACCCGCUUGGCGACGAUGCCCCGGAAUGGCCUUGGGCGCAUGUCAUGUAUCCAUCCGUCCUCGCUCAAGGGGAGCAACCGAACGGCACAUACGAAAGAUACUGCCAGCAACGAAGGGCUCAAGAUGAAGGAAUCGCACGAGUGAAUGAACAACUCAAAGCCCAAGCCGGAGCAGCAGCUGCCGCCCGCGCCGCCGACCCCAACAACAAAUUCAUCGUCACAUCCCAAGCUCCCCUCCAAAAUGUGGGCGAUCCACUUCCAGCUGAUACCGACUCCAACAUGAGAAACGCGAUCUGGAAUCUUACCGUCAGCAAGCCAUUCGACGAGUGCAACGCGGUCGGUCCCUUCGAAGUAGAACCAAACGUCCCGUUAGAGUGGUACGUCGCCAAAGACCUGGCGGCCAUCAAUGAGUUUCUUCCGCCAAGCGUUGUUGUAAAGAUGAACGCUACGAAGAAGAGGGUCUUUGUCACUAUUGUUGAGUCUGCGCAAGUUAAUCCCAUGGUUUCUGUACGACAGAUCCUUCUUGAUGUUUGGGAGAUUGUGCAGUCGUGGGCGGUGAUGAUCAACGGAUUGGCUGAGGGUGAGAUGAAGACUCUGCUUCAGCACUUUCAGCGCGUCAAGGGGGGCGGUGGACUUUCGUGGAGCGACCAAGUUCCCUUGCCAUCUCAGCAGUAA